AUGUCUCAAGCGACAAACACAAAACUCAUGGACACGGAGCCAGGUGGAGAGAAUACCCAAUACGAAUCCGUCAACACUUUUACGAAACCGCACGCUAAAGCCAAGGGUCAAUUCGGUGAUUCCAAUCCCAACGAAGCAGAUCAACAAGCUGCAAAGGAGAAGAAGGACAGAGGCGAGAAGACGGCGGAGAAUGUUAGGUAUGGAGAGGCGAUUAGUGAACAUGGGUUUGGGGGCGAGACGGUGGGGAAUGAGGGGGGUGUUGGGCGUGGGAUGGAGGAGGGGACGAAGGAGCAGGCGAGGGGGGGUGCAGGGGUAUGGUGA